UUUUCUUCAUAAGAACUGGAAACAUGACUCGGAAAUUUCCCGCGCGAGCCCGCGAAAUCCCACGUUCGAAACUUAAUUUCCGGUUUUGUAAAGUUGCAAGUUAAUUGAUGUUCGAAUUCAAAAAAUGUUACAUUUGAUCGUAGAAGCCUAAAUGUUUCAAAUGGUUAGAUGAGUCAAAGAGAACAUCCUUAGCAGGAUGGCAGUGGCAAUGGAUAAAGGAAGAGAUGUUUUUGAAGAUUCGUUGAGUGAGAAUAACGGUUUUCAAAUUGAUUAUGACGCUGAGUCAAGUGCAUUUACUAAUGAGUGCAAGGAAUUCAUGAACAAUUUUGUCUCAAAAAUAUUUUCUGGAAGUGAUAUAACUCAAGAGGAGAAAGCACAAUUUGGAGUAAUUUGUCAGCAUUCUCCAGCAAGACGAUGGUUUGCCCGUUAUAUUAAUAUGCAGCGGGUUGAGAAUAAAUGCGUGGAUGAAAUCACGUUUUUCAGGCUUGUGCAGUAUUUUGCAACAGUUCUCUUUGAAUGUCACCAAGCUGACGAUUUUCCUCCAGCUAAAACUCUGAUGAACAUGUGCUUCACUUUCUAUCACGUAUUUCGUGCAGGUAAAACUGUCGAACGAAAGGAGUUUCUUCAUGUCUUCUUAAGAGAUCAACCAAUCUGGCAUGGAUUACGGUUUUGGAAUGCGGCAUUCCUCGAUUCUGUCCACAGUGAAAAGCACAGUCCAGUUUUACCUCGGUCAGACUGGAACAAUCUAUCUGAGAAUGAUAAACAAGAUCAAAGGGAUCAUCAGAAAAAUAGUAUCUUUGGACAACUUGGAACAUUUGCCAAUAAUAUGAAAGCUUUUGGUCUACCAAAACCGACCUGUGAAGAAUUUAUCCAAAAAAUGAGCGUUAUCGGUGAAUUAGACAAAGAGCAAAUCGCAUUACUUCAAAAAACUUUUGAAGACUGUUAAUAUAUAUAUUGCAUAGCCAUAUAGACCGUUUGUACUUUCGCACAAGGAAGUUAAACUGUCUAGAAGCAUAUUAUUAUUAUUCGUAUGGAAUUGUAGUUAUUCGAUAAACACUAUAUUUAGUACACUUGCACUUUUGUACAUCAAACGUUGUAAAUAGAUUCAAAUAAAGAAAUA